AUGUCAAAGAUCAGUUUUGAGAGCCACCAACGGCACACUGGACAUCAUGCACACCCCGAUGGCUACGUAUGUCAGAGGCGGAACCUUCACACAUCCCGCGAUGUAGAUGAAGCACCUCCCGGUGCCCAAGGCGGGAUCAUGGCCAGGAGUACGAAAUGGGUCACGAGGGGUAGCGAUGAUGAUAGUGAUUGGGGAGGGGUUGAUGACGAACUGGCGCUGCCUGGCAGCGGACAGAUGAAGGAGCGGCUGGAGGUGGCACACGGCAGCUACUAUACUCAUACCAACAAACGAGCGCUAGCACAAAGGAUGUGCACGCGCAUGUGUGCUAGGCGAGAGUACAUAAACAGAUUCUGCGUCGUUGCUGAAUCAUUCGGUAUAAAUACUAAUUACUUUAGCCUUACCCUACGGACGGGUGUGGUCUGCACUAAAGACCUCUCCCACCAACAAAGUGGGCACCCUCUCCUCUCCACCAGACAUUCACCGGGUGUUCCUGGCGGCAUUAGUAUUAGCGUCCCGACAAUCGGUCAGAUGGGGAAACGAAAUCAGUUUAGCCGGAUUGUGGAUACAGACACUGGAGUCACUUUUGCGCCAGAGACUAUGCACGCCACCGCAAUCCAUAACCAGACUGUGGUUGCUAGGGCCGAGGCAGGGAUGAGGUCGCAGGUAACGGUGGAAGAUGCUGCCAGCCUGAACAGAUCAACCAGAUCACAGACCUCCAGAGAGCGAGGCUGUCCAUCGCCCACACACGACUUGCCUGGAAGCGACGAACCUGCCGCAGAAGAGGAUGCGGGUGACAGGAUCAACAGUGAUCCGAAAGCGCCGAAAAGAUCAUCAAUCUGACGGAAGGUGUCAAGGAUCAAGAGCCUGAGUGUACCAGCCUUCAACACCCCACUUGUCCGAUAUUUCAGCCGAAGGGGAUAUCGGCUACUGAUUCACCGACCGCCGAUAUAUUCAUCCGUGAGAUAGCCGUGAACCUAUG